ACCAAGUAUUGGGUAACCCCUUCAAGAAGGUGAAGACGUAAUGUUUUGAAGACAGUUUUCCUCCACCUCCCUAAGCAGAGACAUCCAGGAGACAUAGGGGUGCAACAAGGCUGAAAUCUGCCAAGAUCACCUCCAGCCAAUGGAGCAGCAGAUUGAAAAGAGUCCACAAUGUGUGACCACCUCAAGCGACGAUUCUCAUCUCAUGAGGUUGGGACAGAAUAUGGUGGCUAGAUCUCCUUAUAAGCCGUUGGAUCAGUCUCUGAAGAUGCUCAAGGGAGAUUCAAAGGUCCUUGGGGCUCUCCAGAUCCUGAGUGGGAGUUUGAUCUUUGCUUUAGGGAUAUUUUUAGGCUUACUCCACUAUGCUUCUGAUUUUCCCAGAAAAUCCUUCUUUAUUACCUUUUACACAGGCUACCCUAUCUGGGGAGCUGCAUUUUUCAUCAUUUCAGGAUCUAUUUGCAUUGUAGCUGAGGGAAAACCUACAAAAAAUUUGGUGCAAGGCAGUUUUGGAAUGAACGUUGCCAGUGCAACCAUUUCGCUCCUCGGCUUCAUUUUUCUUAUCAUCCAUUUUGUGGUAAAUGGUCGGGAAGUCAGCCACUGUUUAUCACCAGCUCCUACUGUGUGCACUUUGACUGGUUUCACAUCGAAUGGGCUCCUGUUUUUGCUAUUGAUCCUCACUGUGCUAGAAUUCUGCAUUACCAUUUCUCUCACAAUCUUGGGGAGUAAAGCAAACUGUUGUGAUUCUAAUGAGGUGAUUUUCUCUCCUUCUGAUCCUUCUGUGGUGGUUGAGAUAUCCCCUGCUGAACAGCAUCCUAAAGGCCUGGAAGCCUCAAUCCCAGCGAAUGACACUGAGAUAUUAAACAAAUAGUUCUAGGGAUGUCUCCAGAAAUACUCUUACAACUAGCAGUUGAACAAACUUUAUUCUGUGGGACCUUACUAACUUUCAAUAUAAUAUGACUUCAAGGUCAAGUUCCCUCUGUGCCUUUUCCAAACACUUUCCCCUCCCCUACUGUGCAUAUUUUGGCUCCAUUGGGAUUUGUUUGCUCUCAUGAAAAUCCUAUUGAUGAAUGUUCAUUCCCUGUCUAGGACGAAAGACUUAGAGACCAAAGAACAUGCUGGAUAUAUAUCAUACAGAGAUAUCAGAGACAUAGUCAGCUCAAGAUGGGGGAACUUUGGAGAUUGACACUUAAAAAUGAUCUGGACUGGGGAUGUUGUCAUCAGGGAUACAUUUUCUCAGAUGAAACUGUGAUAGAUAUAGAAAUGAAGAAAGCCAUUGGCCGGUCAUUUCUUAGCUUUGGUGAGAAAAAUUCAGAGUUCUCUGCCCAGUCAUGUAAGCCUCCCUUUUGCACCAAAUUAAAUACCCUGUGACCCAAAAUAGCUGUUUGGCUUGAAACACAACAUUAUUUUUUCCCCAAUUUUCCAAUAAAUCAUGGAAUCCUUGUGCUAAAUGUACUAAAUAUCUCCUUCCUCUGGGCCAUGAAAGAAGGCACUCACUUUGACCAAUACAAGUCGUCCUUGAAGUAUAUUGGGGGAAAGAAGGAUAUAAUGGAGUUAGUUCCCUCAUUGUUCUUCCAUUUGGAAAUUUCUGAAGCUGGUUGUAAUUCUGGCCUCUAUACCAAGCAUUUGUUAGCUAUAGAUAAAUAGAUAUUAGAUAUAUUUAUUAGAUAGAAAUGGAAUAGAUGAUUCUCCAUUGCUCAAUCAAUUAUCUUUGAUGUUUCCUUACCAUUUGCGCAUCCUGGGACAGGUGACUGAACAUUCUUAUAACAAAUUAUAAAAGUUUUAAUUCAAAUUAUUUUGGAGGGGUAAAAGUCUUUUUCUACACUGGAGACUGAGGAAAGAAACCAAAUCUCACAGAAAAGAUCUACAGGCUACAUCCCAGAUCUCCUGAAAGACCUUAUGAUGCAUGGAAAAUGAAAUUGAAUGGAAAGAACAUAAUAGGAGCUGAACUACUUUCACUUUUUGAGACUAUUAGGGCCACUGACUAGUCAUUGUAACUUUAGAGAACUUUAAAAAGCCAGUUCAAUCCAGUUAUAGUUUUAGAAUUUUGCAAGCUUACCAUAAAUCAACAAUAUGCAUAGCAACCUUUUUUUUUUUUUUAAAUCAGUGAUAGAAGAUAAAUCUGUGAUUUUAUUGGUAUAAGAAACCAUCUGGGCGAGGGAACUCCUUCUAACAACCCAAGUUUGUUCCUCCUUUUAAACUGAUGGUCUUAGAGAAUUGACUAGAGUGUUGAGAGGCUCUCUGACUUGUCAGUAUGUAUUGGAGUCUGGAUUUGAAUCCAAGUUUUCCUGGCUUGGAGGCUUACUCUCUGUCUACUCUGCCAUACUCCCUUUCUUUUCAACCUGAAUUAAUUAUAGGUUGGUUUCACAGAAUUUCAAUAAAAAUAUCAUUCAGCUUGUCCCUCGAUGAGAAUUCUCUCUACGUCAUCCUUGGCAAUAAUUACAUCAUGAGGAACAGGAAGUUGUCAAGUUUUGUUGGAAGAAAAUGUAAAGGAGAGAAAUGUUAAAUACGAAAAUAGAGAUUGGAGCUCUUCAUAACAAAUCCCAGAGAUCUUAAAGGAAGGAAA